CGCAGUGCGCAGGCGCCGCAGCGCCGCCGGGCCGAGGGGAUCGCGGUGCGGCGCGGGAGCACGAGCCGGAGCGGCCUCCGCGCGCUCGCCGCCAGCCGCCGCCGGGCGCUAUGCGGGUGCCGCUGGCCCUCCUGGCGCUCGCGGCGCUGCUGGCGCUCCGGCGGAGCGCGGCCUCCCGCGGGGAGCAGCGGUCUGCAGUGCCUUUACCAACACAGAUUGUAGUAACAUCUGAAAAUUUCAAAACCAUCUUAUAUUGGCAGUACCCACCUAUGUCUGAAACUCCUCGUUUUAUUGUGGAAAUCAAACCCUACAUUUUAGGUCACUAUAAGAUCAUCUCCACGUGCAUGAACAUUUCAGCUCAUUUUUGUGAUCUCUCAAGGGAAAUACGUGAGCCUUUUGCCUCUCACUGGCUUCGAGUUAAAGCUGUUGUUGGGUCACAACAGUCUGACUAUGUUGAGACGAGUGAAUUUAUUUUGAGAAAGCAUGGAAAAAUGGGACCACCAAAACUGAAUCUCUCAAGGCAUGACGAUAAAAUCAUAGUUGAUAUUUACCAUCCUGCAUUCCCAUCUGUGGAGCUUCUUCCUUGGAUUGAACAAGAGCUCACGUACUUGGUGACUUUUUGGGAUAGUAAAAAACAGGUUGAAGAAGUGUUCCCUGAAGACAACUGUACGGUGGAUAAAUGUAGCGUCAGCAUCCCAAUUCCUGCUGAAGGUUCCACUUACUGUGUUUCAGCAAAGGGAAAUUUUUAUGGUGGUCUGAUGGUUGGUGCCCCAUCAGACGAAAGCUGCAUUCAUGUUCCUCUCAAGCAGAUAUUGAGCAUACAAUAUAUCAACAUUCUGUUUGGUGUUAUUCCGAGCCUGAGUCUAAUGUUGAUAGUGUGUUGUGGCUACAAGAAACUAAGGAAGAAGAACAUAAAGCUGCCUAAGUCUUUGGUCAGUGUCAUAAGAAACCUGAACACAGACAGCAUUCUAGAAUCAAAACCAGACACAAAAUACAUAUCUGUAAUAAACUUCAUGCCAGGCCAGACGGUGCUUCCAGUGAACCAUGAAGUAACCUUGCUGGAGGUACAGCCAGAAGAAGAAACUGUUAGUCCUGAGAAUUCCGGUGAAGGAGCAUCUUCUGCUUUGGCUGAUGCCUCUGGGGGAAGAACAGAAGAGGUGUCUCUGCAGGAAAGCACAGAGGAGGUAUCUUCUGGUGAUGAACAGAAUCACAAAGUAAAAGAGAGUUAUUUCAUUUCUGACAGUACCCAAAUGGAUAUCUGCAGUAGUUCUUCAGGUCCAGAGAUUUCUACCACAGAAAUGCCACAAACAGUUAUUCCAAGCAGCUGUCUCAAGUUUUCUGGCUAUGACAAGCCUCAUGUUCCAUUAGAUAUGCUGAUAGAUGUUGGUGAAGAGCAGCCUGUGAUUGCUUACAGGCCAACUGACUAACUAGGAUAUCUGAAGUAUUUAACUAGAACUCAGGAAGAACAGCAUUACUGAAGGUUAUGGAAGGUCUGGGUUAUGUUACGGAUGUCUGCAAGUUGUGCUUGUUGUGGUCCAACCAGAGUAACCAGUACACAACGUGAUACAGUGGGAUCCUGAAAUAGGACUGAAACUAGUGCCUGAGAACACUGCAAAGUGAGGGGAUGUUUCGUAACAACCACUUUCAGAAGUGUUUGUGUAUAGGACAUAACUCACUAUUUCCUACUGAAAUAGCGCUCUGAUUUUUUAACUGUACUCUAUGGAGAACAGACUUCAGGAAGGAGUAUAAAACAGCAGCUGUGUCACUAUUACCUUCUGUUUCAAAUCCUUUUCAAAAUUAAUUCAAUGAACAUAAUGCUUAAGAAAUCCUUCACUUGGUUACAAGAGAGAUGCACAAGAAAUAUGUGAGAGUUUUUGCCUUUAUUAAAGGUAUUACAUUGCUUGUCUUUUUGAGUAUUUUUGUAUUAAAAUGCUACUAUUUCUUUUAAGUAAGGAUAUACCUAUAACCUUUUCUUGUGUAUCUUAAGAAUUUAAUUUUAUGCCCAAGAACCAGUUAUUAAUAGUCUUUUUUGCAAUUAGAAGUAUGUACUUCUAGGAUGGUUGCUUUGUACAUUUCAGUGAGUAAACAAUACUUUUUCUUUUGUAAGUCCUGUGACUAAAAAAGCUAUUUUUGAAAGUGCUGUUAUUUGUGUAUAGCUGCAUAUAGUUUGGAUCACCUAGAUGCAUUGUGUAACCUGUCAUAUUCUGGAAAAUUCCUGUGUUAGCAUGCUAGUUGAUUGUCAUUGGGGGGGAAAAAAGGUGUGUAAUGGGUAGUUGCACAAAUUCUUCAGAAGAUGUUUUCAGAAUUCAAAAGCCUGCUUGCCUUCGGAGUAUUUCUAUCCUAAUUCUUACAGCAGUAUGAUUUUUUUUUAAAGAGAAAUCAACAGGACUUCUUCCUAACAUGUUUUCUAGCAGAUUGUGAAAAUGACUGCUGUUUUCAUCUUUUUAUGAUGUAACUUGGGAACUACAGCAGAUUACCUUCCUCUAAAAAUACACCUUAAGACAAUAGAAAAGUAGUGUGGUAAGUUACUGUCAUCCGGCGGCCCUGUGAAUUCUGUAGUGUGAGACUGUAGUUUUGAAAACUGAAGGAUGAGGAUUUUUUUAUAUUUAAAAAUUUUCAAGUCUAAUGCCUGCAGUCCAGUUAUUUCCCUUUGGUCAAGAUUUGAUAGGUAUUUUCUGUUUGUAAGAAGUGUUUACAGUAGUUCUUAAUGAAGCUUAGUUUGGAAAAAAAAAAAGUUGUUUUCAGACACAAGGUGGGGCAUUCAUACAAAAUUACGUCUUUGUUUUAAAAGCUAUUUUUAAAUGACGUUUUUGGAAAUGUUUGCAUGUUGUAGCAGGUGGUUUUAAAGCAAAACCAGUGUCACAGUACUUCUGUCCUCAUGUUUCUCAGUGGCAUGAAUAUUCCUAGGAUAAAGUUAAUUUAUACAAUUUUCUGGACUGUUUCCUUUCCUGCAGUUAUGGGACAUUAACCAUUGUGGUUAAUGUCCCAUAACUACGUACAUACUCAGUUCCUAAAGAUUUAAAGACAAUAGCUAUUUUCCCUUCUCUACUCACAGAAAUAUAACAGAUCAGUUAGCAGGGUUUUGGUAGUUUUAGGAAAAGCCAAAUUAAAUAGGUGAAUUUUUAUUGUUAUGAUGUAAUGGAAAGCCCAGCUAGGAAGAUUUCAGUAUGUUAGCUGGCUUUGAAAAAGUUACUGCUGGAUCUCACUACAUUUGAACAUAAUGCAGAGACAAAUCAAUGUUACUUGGUUUUUGGGUUAUUUGGGUUGAGUUCCUGAAGACAGUGCUGGUUAGGAUCCACUAGUGUGUAGAUAUCUCCAUUGCAGAAGUACAGAAAGUAACCCUCUUGAUGUUGCGAGAAAGCUCUGAAAAUCACAAUUAACUUGCACUUGAACCUUCAGCUAAACCAACUUUUCAUUUAAUGUUUUGCCACUGAAGCCUGCUUUCAGCAGUCUGUCUACUAAGGAGGGGAGCAGCUGUGUCCUGUGCAGAGCUUGAAGUUGAUGCCUUUUCUUUCAGACUUUCAGGUUUGUUGAUAAAUACAGAUUGCAAUAAGUGCCUCAAGACUAAAUGUCAGUUAAGUGUUUUGGCUCACAGGGGAGAAACAGGGUGUUAAAAACUGUGAGGUUACCUUAUUUUUUGGGAAGAAGUUUCUGAUCAGACAGUUUGCUGAGUAUCUUCUUUGCUACUACUCAGAGUAUUUAAUUUUAUUGUAAUUGAUAGCUUGUUUUCAAUUUGUCAGUUUUGUCCCCAAAAAAAUAUGUUGCUGUUAUCCAAGAAGAUCAGGAAUUUGCCAUAGUAGUCAUUCCAUUUGGUAUAUCUGCCUCAAAACUAUUUCAGAAGUAUGUAAUUUCUUGGAAAUUUAUAUAUAAAAUAUACAUUAAUAAAAUAGAUUUACGUUAUUAACAGUAUAUUAAAAUCCUGGCACUUUUAGGAAAAUUAUUAACUAGGACUUGGCCUCUUAAAUUUGUGUGAACAUAAGAGAUCACAAAGUGUUUUCUGUUCUGGAAGGUUUUCCUUUGCUGCCACAUUGGAAGAGGAAUGGUGGUUUUUUUGCCUAUGUCAGGGCAGAUAGAUGCAUUUUAAAACCAAGUGACACUCAUAUUUUUUUUCCCUUCCCCCUGCAAUACUACUGUAUUGUACGUUGUCCCAAAUCUUUCAAGUCGUGUGGAGUCUUCUGUGAGUAAAAGAGACCAGCCAGGUGCUAGGAUAUAAUUAAGGACAAGGAUGUUAAGAUUAAUCAGAAAUGACACUGAAAAUAUAUCACGAGCAUACGGGGAAAAUUUGGCAUGGGGCAGUUAGUUCCAGAGUAACAGUGCCCUUCCGUUAUAUGUAAGCUGAAAAUCAAGCACAGGAGUAUGAGUGCUUUGUGCUAUGCAACAGAUGCAUACACGUGAACAACUGACCUCUUGUAACUAUCACAAGGUUAAAUGUAUUUUUUAAUGAAAAUUUCUGAACUGUGAUUACAAAAGCCACUGAAUUGUUGCCUUCCCUGUGCAGGUUUGUUUUCUGUGUGCUCUGUACUUAGCAAGUAGCGGACAGCACAGGAAUAGUUUAGAUAUUUAAAUUGCUCAGGCCGGCUUGCAAGUUUUAUAAUUGUGAAAUAGAGAAGUUUAAGGGUGUGCAAAGCAUCGUAUUCUUCUGUUAGCUGUGACUAGCUGAACACGUGAGGCCACCGUGAGACCAGAACGUGUUCCCUGGGUUAGUAAGCUCUAUUUCCCCCAGCCUUUUUUCUAGCAGUUGCUAGUAGUGGUACCAAGAGAGAGCCUAAAAACAGGGCAGGUGCCUGAUGGUGUUUCUGCUAGGAUAUGACCCAGCAGCCUACAGUGUGAGGACUUCUUGGGACAGGGAACAUGGAAAUGCCUUUCUAGGUGCAGCUAGUUGGCCUUGGGUGAGCAGCUCUGUAAUACCAAAUACCUGUGCCAUGUGGUUUGGAAGCUGUCAGGUAGUAGUUAUCUAUGCAUUUUCACUUAACUACUAAAGUUUAAAUUUAUAAAUUAAUAUUCUUGCAAUGAAGUAGUAAUUUGCUUAAGCUUCUGGAUAUUCGUUAGCACCUUGACAUGGGAUAUCAAAGUGCCUGACACAGGUUCAAAAUCAGCUGGUAUUCAUCCCUUUGAUAGACAUAGCAGCUAUCCAGUAUGACGUGUAGAAAUUUUCAUCACUUCAGGCUGUUUCAGGUCGUUUUUAUUCUUGGCUGCUCAGCAUUCCUCCCUUCCUUUCUCCUAAAGAUGAUUUGGGAGAUGAUGGAAUGUAGGACUCCAAAACAAAAUAUAAAAAACCAAAAAAAAAAAAAAAAAAAGACUUAAAAAACCCCUAUAUCCUUUGUAAGAGAAAUUGCACCAGAAAACUUUGGCCUAAUCCCUGACAACAUUUCUAAGAGCUUCCUUAGUUCUUGUUUUUUCAUGGACAUUUUAACCUUUUAUUAUGAGAUCUGCAUUUAACAAUGAAGUAUUGUGGUAAAGCUGCGUGCUGGCACAGAAGCAUCAGAUGUUCUUGUUUUAUGAUUUUUCCACAUAAAUCUGUAAUGUAGUUUAAAAAAACCAUUCUUGUCAAAUCCACUGACAUCUGUGGAAACAAGACAUCUUGUAGUGUCCCGGUUACUUAGAACACACAUGCAUAUUUAUAUGUAGUCCUUCACUAGUUAAGAUUGCUGGACAUGAAACUUGCAUGAGAAGAGCUGUUUUUCUCAAGGCUGGAAAUAACUGGUUGCUCUGAAGUGGUGCCAUGUGAACAAUUUAGGAUUAGUAAAUAAGAACUAUUGUACUUAAUUCAAAUUAAUAGUUUCAGCAUGUCUUAAAAAAACAAAAAAAACCAAAAAACCAAAAAAUCAACCCACCCC